AUGGUUUGUUUUGCUUUUUUAUUUUCUAAUGAUUGGUAUCUUUGUUUAGGCAAAAUUGCAAGCUCAUCUACUUUCUGUGUAUGCACCAGAACUAGGAGACAACUAACCUUACUUGGUGCAGAUAAUUCCUUUCUUCACCACGUGCUCAAUAGGAGGGUCUCCCAUUUCGUAGAUGAUCUGCUCCCACUGCGUCGCACGCAUCAGUACCAAGUCGCCCUGCUUGCCAACCUCCAGACUGCCGUGAGUAGCAGAGCGGUUGAUAGAGGCAGCGGCGUUAAUAGUGGCACCUACAAGAGCCUCCUUCAUGGUCAUACCGAACUGCACACAUGCCAUGUUCAUGGUCAGAGCCAUGGAAAGGCAGUGAGCGUUCGGGUUGUAGUCACUACCGAGGGCAACAGGGACACCAGCAGCAAUCAUGUCGCGCGCUGGAGGGUUGGGCAGCUUCAGGAUGUACUUGGUAGUAGGCAACAGCACGGCGAACACAGGCUCUGGCUUGUGGGCAGCCAUAGCCUGAAGGUCCUCAGCAGUCAGCAUUUCACAGUGCGAGAUCGCACGUGCACCAAGAGAAGCGGCCAUAGUACCAGACUGCAUGGGGUACAUCUCAUCACCGUGGAAAUUAAUCUCCAGCCCAGCCUUCUUGCCAGCCUCCAGAAUACGAUGAGAGUCGUCGUGCUCGAAGACGCCCUUCUCACAGAACACGUCGAUGAAUUCAGGCGAGAUGGUACCGUUCUUCUUGGCUUGCACAAGAGCAGGAAUCUGCUUGGUCACGAUAUCCUCCGUAGCCUCCUCAGCAGUCAUACCGUCAGGAACCGAGUGGCCACCCAGGUAGUUCGACACGAUUUCCACAGGGUGUGCGUUGUCACCUGUCGACGCGGUGUGCAGCACACGAAGCAUCUUGAGCUCCGUAUCGGUCUCGAGUCCGUAGCCGCUCUUGGCUUCGAUAAGCGUCGUACCAGAGCGCAGCAUACGAUCUAG